AUGGAUCUUCAAAUCAAUCAACCACAACCACGACCAUCAGAAUCCAGUUCAAUGAAGCGAUCGAAAAGCACCUCGCCCAAUAUAGACAACCCCCCGAAAAAGUCUAAAUCCCUUCUCGAGAAAGAUGGGCCCACGUUCCAAGAUAUUGCCAGCGCAGUUCCCACAUCACCACAUACUACCCAAGAAACCAACGCUACAUUGAGUGAGUGGUGUGGUACCCUUCAGCAAGCAGACGCGCCAGAGGUAGUAGAGUCCUAUUCCUACUCCGAUAUGCCAGGCAGGGGCACAACAUUAGAAGGCCAAAGUAUGAACCGACCCGAAAAUAUUCCUCCUAACUUCGUACAGGAUUGGAAAGUACUCUACUUAAAAAAUCUUAAAUCUUCUCCAUCUCCGCCGCACUUCAAGUCCGCGUACAGAUAUCCUCUAGACCUAUCGCGUCAUGACAACUGGGCCCCAAAUAGCGAUCGAAACAAUCACGAAACGGCUGCACAAGACAACAGGAAACUAUUAUACGCGAUACUUGGUGCUACGUUUGACAGGCAUUACUUGACUCCUUUAGGCGCACAUACAUUGCUCAACCCAAAGCAAGACAUCAUUUUCGGAUACGAUCACUCUGCUAUUUACGACGGCGGGUAUCAUCAUGCGGGGGACAACUGGAUGUUUAAGUGUAUCGCUAAUUCUUAUGGUCUUUCUUUUCCAUACUUGAUUGUGCAAUUGGAAGGCGAUUCUGGCAGUCUCUACACAGCCGAGAACGAAGCUUUCGUCGGUGGUCGCGUGAUCUUAGAUAUAACCUGGCCAAUCCUCGGGGAUCAGGAUAUCGUUUUCCUGCACGUUGCGAACCCGAACCUAACCAAAAUAUAUGCUAUGUGGCGGGACGUGGAAAAUACCUCCUCUACGGGAGAAGCCGUCGAGUCUCCGGUCUAUUAUGUAAAAGCCAUCGCCCACUUCUGUCCAUGGGUGUUGGAAGAGGCUAAAGGGCUUCGAAACUUUAUUUUCCGACUCCAAUGUUGGGCCCGGGAGGACAGAUAUCCUCGAAUUUUGGAGGGCAUCAAGAAAUGGAAAGAAAAAGGCCGUCCUCUUCAUGCAUUUUCUCUAAAGGGGCGUUAA